AGUACUAUCCUGUCUUAUGAAUGUAGUAGUAGAGGGACAUAGCUAUAACGUCGACGUGAACUUCUAGAAUUCAGUAGGGUUCGUGCUUUCUCUUGUUCAUUCCUUAGCUAAAUAUCGUUUGGUAGAAUUCAGUAGGGUUCGUUGUCAAAGAUGGAGCUUGCUCACCCUGUGAACGACUCCGGAGAAUUCGGAAGCAACACUUUUGUUACGGCUUUGACCUGGCGCCCUACACCCUACUAUGCACAACUCCUGUUGAUUAAGCGCAUCAUAAUCAACAGGAGUUGUGCAUAGUAGUGGAUAACCAAGUUUCCGUGGAAAACCAAGUAUCAGAACAAGAUGCCACCUCACUCUCCUGUCAUGAUCAUCACUCAAGACUACAGUUUUACUACAAGUCCCAACAGCACCUGCGAGAAACUGCUCUCGUCGUAGCUAGUUCUAAUUCCCACUACAGCGCUGGCGCGUUGUUGACGAAUGACAAGGUGACGAUGGACUUGUCCCAAGGGGGCCCCAUGACUUUCGAUUUCAUGGCUGCGAAGCACUCUAAAAAAAACUCCAAUUAUGCGUCCAAGGAAAAAUCUAGCAAUAAAGGAGGCGCUUCUUCGCGAGACAUCGGAAAAUCGUCUCUCACGAUAUGGAUGAUGUUUUUUCUUCUCUCUAGAUCAGACCAUCGCGGCUCCCUAUGUUAAGGCUACUUUCUUAUACUACUUAUACUAGAACUGAAAAGUUCUUUAUAAUGGGAAUAGAAGGGUAGCCGUGAAGAUGGUCUGCCUAGAUGGGAAAUAAAACGCCCUUCAUAUACAAACGCAGGCGUGAGUACGAUCAAGUCUGCAGAUGGUAGUGACGAGGAUGAAGGAAAUGGAGCGUCAAAAGACGGUGAAGAAAAGCAGAAAGAUGCACGUCGUGCAGCCUUCAGUCGCUUGGCUCAGGAAUUGAACGACGAUGGAGACGAAGAGGAUGAUGGCCUCCAGAACGGUGCCGACCAUGAACCAGAUGGAGGAGUUGGAGUGGAGGUUCAUCACUCUGGUGCUGAUCAUGCUGGGUCAGGAAACGACGGGGAAGACGACUUGGAUGCUGCUGAGGAUCGAUGUGGAGUCAAUACCACGAUCGACUUCAACAACACUGUUGACGUGGGUGGUUCAUCUAGACCGCCUCAGCGCCGGGAUCUAGAUGAAUAUGGCCGCUGCGCGAGCACGACGGGGAUGAAUAAGUUAGAGGGUUUGCCGGAGGUGGAAGAUGGCGAUGGUCUCGUCACCGUGGACUCGUUUCAGCACGAAGCCUGCGGUUCGGUCCGAUUGCAGGCGAAUAGAGCGAAUUCGGAUCGAGGAAAGACCCGUCAGGUGGUGGUCGAGGUUACGCGUUUACACGAUGUUUUGGAGCACUUUCACGGUGCAGCUGGGGAUGUUGAUGAGGUUACGCGUUUACUGGAGAAUUCAGAUGGACGUGAGGUAGGAGGACAUCAGAAGAUCAAACUCGAAGAUUCUAGUUCUUCUAGCAAGGGUGGAAGAGGUGUUGAUCGUGAUCGUCUCUUAGAAACGAGUGGUACGAUGGGGACUGACGCUGUAUUUGUGACGACUAAUAGUCAAGAUCAAGAAGAGCACGACGAGCUACACCUCCAGGAUGGCCCAAAGCUUGGGCGCGUGAGCACGCAUCACGACGAGGAACAGUCUGGCACCGAACAGGAGGACUUCUGUGAUUAAGGCUUGUGGUAUGAUUUUCAUUCUUUGUCCGAAGUAGCUCUCAGUGUCUUCAUUUUGUUGCUUCGUGCGGUUCUACUGAAAAAGGGAACCUCUAAGCCAAGUUCCUUCGUGCGGUUCUACUGAAAAAGUGAACCUCUAAGCCAAGUUCCUUCGUGCGGUUCUACUGAAAAAGUGAACCUCUAAGCCAAGUUCCUUCGUGCGCCGGUUCUACUGAAAAAGGGAACCUCUAAGCCAAGUUCCUUCGUGCGCCGGUUCUACUGAAAAAGGGAACCUCUAAGCCAAGAGGAACUAGGAUGUUCUUCACGACAGUAGCUCUAAUGUGACGACGCUCGCGCAACGGAGGACAGUCGAUUCAGUUGUCGAAGCCGAGUGCGAGGAGACCUUUCCACGACGCCAGCGACCGCGAACCGACGCAAUGCUGUCAUGUUAUUGGCCUCCGAAGCGGAAACCAGUGACCACAGCGACUCUGCUGACGACGAGCACUCUCCCAGAAGAGGAAACAUGCGCAAGCGCGUCUGGCUCACUCGCGGCCCUAGCUACACCAAUGGAGAGGAGGACUCCACGACUGAGGAGAAUCUCUUGUCACUGAAUCAUGCUGAUUCUAAGGUCAUGGAUGGUUUUGGCGAUGAGACACUGCGUUUGAUGGAGCAGGAAGACGGCCUCUCUGCUGGUUCAGGUUUAGACGGACGAGGUCGUAUGAAGAACCACAGUAAUUGUAACGAAGUUGAAGGCUCUGGCUCUAUUAAUUGUGCGGCUUUGGCAAAAUGUGCAAUCGGACAAGCCGUUGGCACUACGUUGUUCGCGUCGCAGGCUUUGGCGGCUGUCUCAGUACGAACCGGGAGACGCAUUCUCGAAAGCGUGAGAGAACGCAAUAAGCAGUCGGUCUUGGAAGAGGAAAGCUCGAGCGAUGUUAUGCGCGGCUUCUUAUAAGGUUUUGGUCAAUUUUAGAAUCAGAUGUAGAAUGAGAUGUAGCUGAAAUAAUCUUCUAGGUACAAGGGUCUCAAAAACACAGUCUUUUUCUUACUUCCAAAUCCAGUAUCGUUUCAUGUUUCAGAGAGAUCAAGUACUAAAAGUUAGUUUUUUGUCUAACCAACGUGAGUCAGGCAGUUACUUCCAAUAAAUCUAACGUCAAUGAGCAUCCUGUCAGCUUCUCUGUCAGGCUCUCUGUCAACAGAACAAUACUGUGGGGAGAAGGGUGACGGACUCGAGGUUCCCGUGAGUGCUCGGAGUGUUGUAGCCGCUGAGAAGCAAGAAAAAAAUCCAAAAAGUUGUUAUUUUGAAUAAAUCUAACGUCCAUGAGCAUCCAGGAAGCAAGAAAAAAACGUGGAUUGGGUCUGCUGGCGCAGCUUGCCAGAAUACGGUAAGCCGUUUGAAAACCUCCGUCAGCGAACGUGCUAAGGCGGUCAUCGGGUGUUCCAACGAUAGUGCCGAGCGAUGGAUUAGCGAUAAAAAACAGAAGGUUUAAGGCCCACACACCUAGUCCUCCCGAGGAAGAUACCCCUGCUGCACUAGCAAGAGGAGCACCAAACGGAGCGAACCCACAAGUGACAAACUCAGUGAAAUAGUUUGCAAUCAGCUUCUCAGCUAUUCCUCUUUGUGACUGAUCUUCUUCAGUUGUCUACUCUCCUCACUAAUGAUUCGUACCUUCAUCUUCAGUUGUCUUGUUACUCUUGUUACCUCCAGCAUAGUAAGUUUAUUCCUUCUUGGAUUUAGACGGUAGUACUAAUGAGAUUUUGAUGAAAGGCCCUGAACCUUCAUCUUCUAAGACUAUGAUCCAUCUUGAAAGAGUAGGUGACGUCUUAGUAGUAGUCCUGUAGUGUCUUUCACGUUGCGCCUGUCAUCUUCUCUUCUGAGGGUGCAGAGCAUCGGAUAGUCUAGGAUGUUGAUGAUGAUGAUGAUGAUGAUGAUGAUGAGCGCUAAAAGGUACGCCGGUUUGGGGAUCGCGUGCCACGUGCUGCAGAGAUCGCGGAGUCGUGCAAAGCUGCUGUCUUCAAAGCACGUAGUCAACUGACGACUGAUGUUCCACAAAAGGGCGAGACGGCGAGUAGCAGCAAGAACGGCCACGGUGAUGAGGAGGUGGUGACUCAGGACACGGCGGUUGCUCUUCAGGGUACUAGGCACGUAGUCUCCGGAACAGAAAAUGACCACGUGGAAAACGACAAUCAGGAUCAGGGCGUCGAUAGAACAACAGAAAAUGAGCACGUGGAAAACGACAAUCAGGAUCAGGGCGUCGAUAGAACCGCGAGAAGCUCAGGCGAGAUGAAAAAUGACGACGAGAUGCGCGACGUAGAAGCUCCGUUGCUGGAAAAGCAAGAACCAGCAGGGCGUUUAGAGCGUCUACGCGCCAGAGCACACCAGUCUGCAGACGUCAUUAACGGGAUCGGGCAAGUGUUCCAGGCAAAGGUUCGUGAGGUCAUUAACUAUGAAGGAGAACAACAUUGAUAGAUUUGUUGAUGUCGACUUCGUGAAGUUAUUAACUAUGAAGGAGAACCACAUUGAUUUGUUGAUAUCGACAUAACAUGAACAUUGAUUUGUUGUGAUAUCGACAGAACAUGAACAUGAUAAGGGUGAUGAGAACGACAUGUUUUUUGUUGGAAACGACAUAACAUGAUAAGGGUGAUGAGAACUAUCACUUUGUUGGAAAGGCAUUUCAAGCUGGUCACCGAGCUCCAGGACAGGGAUUUUAGCGACGCAGCAAGAGUGAUACUCGGAAUGACGAAGGGCAAGGCCCAGUUCGGGCAAUACAGACAUUGCUUGAUGAUAUCGAGACGACCUAGUGGUAGUCAGCAUAUGAAGAUUGAUCAUUUGGUUUCACUGACUGUUGAUGAAGAUAAUGACGAGGUUUGAACUAAUGUUGAAAGACUGUUAAUAACUAGGCUUUAUGGAUGAAGCUGGUUUUCUUAAUACAUCACGAAGUUUGAAAGUUCGAUAGUGAUCAUCAUGAACUUAAUAUUAUCAGAUACUACUCCCUACAUACUAUUACCAUGCUAUCCAUCACACCGAAGUUGAACAUCAUUACCUCUACUACGGGUACAGAGCAGGUACAUGAAUAAAAGUCAUGUUUUUCAGUCUAAAAAAUGCGUUUCCAACAUUUUCUCUUUAGUAGACGUGCUUACAAGAAGAAAUAGACGUGCUUACAAGAAGAAACAUUAGCCGAUAGAGAUAGCUCAUUUCACAACAUGUGCAUAGUUUUCAAUUUUGUUUUUCUCUUGAUCACACCUAGUACUUAUGGAAAUGUAGUAGACACACUUCAGCCAUAGAAGACAGAGGCAAAUGGACGACGGAUGCGACUUGAAGAUCGAAAUCCUCAAGGUACAAGAAAGAAGGUCGUAGGACACUCAUGAGGUGAUACCAAAAUGCAGGACAUGACAUAUGCCGAAAUAAACAGGAUGAACAUGUUGAUAUUGUCCGUUUUCUUUCUGGAGCCACCUUGUACGAGUUUCUCAGAAACAACAUGAAUAUACUGCACAUGACUGUUGAGUUUCCGAAAGCGAUUCUUAACUGAGUUCUUUUCCGAUACACAUGGCCGCUUGUUCUUAGAAGAGGGAAGACUGAGCCUUGCUGUCACAAGAUUGUCGUAAAUGGUCGGAAAAAAAA